AUGGCUUCGCCCCGACUCAGUGACUACGCCAACAAGCACGAUUCAGGCGUCGUUGCCGACCCCCUCGCCACCACCCGCCAGACCUCCAACACCAGCUCCGUCGAUGUCGAUGAGCAUGGCCACCUCACCCUCUGGCAGGCCAUAAGGAAGUGGAAUCGCGUCUUUUGGUACUCGCUCGCCAUUUCUUCCACUAUCCUCAUGUUUGGCUAUGACUUUGUCAUUGUUGGCAACUCAUCCUCCAUGCCCGCCUUCCAGCACGAUUUUGGCGAGUACUACCAGGGACACUGGAUUAUCCCUUCGCUCUGGCUCGGCCUCUGGACAUUCAUCUCCCCGGGCGGCAUGAUGAUUGGCUCUCUCUUCGUUGGCUAUUUUCAGGACUGGUGUGGCCGCAAAGCGUCCUUCCUCGUCUCCUCCUUCCUCGCCGCCAUUGCCGUCGCCGUGUGCUUCUGCUCCCAAUACCCCGAACAAAUUCUGCAUCGCCGCGGCACUUUUCUCGGCGGUAAAGGCAUUCAGGGCCUCGCCCUUGGCAUGAUGAUGACCACCUGUCAGACCUACCUCUCCGAGAUUGCCCCUCCUAAGCUCCGUGGGCCGCUCCUUGCCUUCUUCCCCAUCUUCACCCUGGUUGGCCAACUCAUCGGCGCCCUUGUCAUCUACGGCCUCGUUUCUGCCCCCAACGGCUACGCCAUCGCUUUUGCCACGCAGUGGGCUUUUGCUGCUCUCGCCUUCGCCAUCUCCUUCAUCAUCCCCGAGAGCCCCAUCUACCUCAUCCGCAAAGGCCACAUCGACAAGGCUCGUAGAGCUCAGUACAGGCUUACCGGCCACGGCAUCGAUCCCGACCGGGUUCUCUCCGUCAUGUGGCGCGACAUUGAACACGAAACCCGUCAGACACCCGCAACGCUAGCUGCUUGCUUCUCCAGGAUUCAACUACGCCGAACCAUGAUUGUCCUGUUCACCAGCGUUCUCCCUCAGAUGUUUGGUCUUACUCUCCUCUCGCAGGCCAGUUACUUUGGCCAGGUUGUUGGCAUCGAAGCAAAGGUCAGCUUGGUGCUCCUUAUAGCAGGUGUUCUCACCGGCUGUAUCGCCAACCUCAUCAGCAUGUGGUCUAUUGGCCGCUUCGGCCAUCGUGCCCUCUCCCUUGUUGGCCUCCUCGCUUGCGGCACUCUGUGGCUAAGCAUGGGCAUCGCCGGCAGCAUCGCCCACAACAUGACGGUCGCCUGGUUCUGCUCCGCUAUUCUUAUCCUUGUCACCGCUUGCGCGGGCUUGACAGUCUGGCCCGCUUCGUACGCCAUCGGCUCGGAAGUCUCGACUCUGCACCUGCGUGCCAAAGCCCAGGGCGCCGGCUGGCUAUUUUCUAGCGCCUUCAGCGCCGGCUUCGGCCUCGGCCUACCCUACAUCUACAACCCGGACGCUGGCAACCUGCGCGCUAUGGUUGGCUACAUUUUUGCCGCAUUCUGCUUCAUCAGUCUUGUUGUCACCUGGCUUUUCGUUCCCGAGAUGAAGGGACGUACUCCUUCGGAAAUCGAUCGCAUGUUUGACCUGCACCUGAAAUCGAGAGAGUUUAAACAUUGGCGUGCCGAGGGCGGCCUCAAGAGCGAAGGCUACACUAGCUCGAGGGCAGUUUAG